ACUCAAUGUUCGGCCAACUCUGGGUCGCCGCCCUUUUCUGAUCCCAUUGUUCCUGCCCUUGGCCUUGCGUUUGCAUAUAGGUGCUGGUAACGGUCUUCCACAUAUCGGCUCCCCACGCAUCAAACCGCCGUGCCACCGGCUUCAACAUUCCCACCUUUCAGCACAAACAUCGCAAGUCCUUAUCGCAACCUGUAACCCUACGGUAACUCUACUCCAGCUCUUCCACGCCCAAACUCCCUCCUCCUGUCCUCACUUCCGCCUUUCCCUGGGCCUAUUGCACUGCCUUGUCCACAGUUCCACUUCCUUUGGUCAAGGGGGGCUGUCAAAUGAGUGCCCGGACUUCCCGAUUUCUCUCUCGCACUCUUGGUGAUGCAACUUCCCAACUUACACAGCGAGCUCCCGUCGCCCCACCUGACGAGGAACAUCGCCCUUCUGCAUCUUUGUUCAAAUGGUUUCGUCUAAAUGGCCUCAGUAGACCACCCAAUCUCUCUCGCACACUGAGUACGAUAGAGGAUGAAAAGGUUCCCCAAGACAGGGCAAAGAAGUUGGGCACUUUCAGUGGGGUAGACCCCGCAAUUCUCGUUCCUUACGUUCAAUUCCCGCUUAUCUGGGAUUUACAGGUGUUCGUGCCAACCACUUUAAAUGUUCUUUCAAUUCUCAUGUUCCUCCGCUUCGGAUUUAUCCUGGGCCAGAGUGGUAUCCUAGGAAUGCUCGGUACCGCCCCGACACCCCCUCUCUUCUGUCACCCACUGUAGCGAGGUUGCUAAUAUUCCCUCUUAGGCAUGCUUCUUGUUAGGUACGACUCCUUAUUCCUCACCAAUUUCGUACGCUCUCCUUCUUUAAUGGACUUGGCCAUCUACCAGACACCCACCUAUGCAUUCUCGUCAUCUUCCCAACAGACUUUUACUAACCCUACUUCCCUAGCUACCUCAUCAAUCUAAUCACAACAUUGUCCAUUUCGGCAAUUUCAUCCAACGGCACUGUGCGCGGCGGCGGGGCUUAUUAUCUGAUAUCACGCUCACUGGGACCAGAAUUCGGAGGCAGUAUAGGGCUUGUCUUCUACCUAGGGUUUGUUUUCAAUACAGGCAUGAAUGCCGUAGGUAUGAUUGAUUGCAUAAUGAACAACUUUGGCCAAGUUGCUGGAAGUUCUAGUCACUUUUUUCGUGAUGGCUAUGUUAGUACCCUCUCGUUGCGUAGUCUCCCGCUCUCCAAACAUUCUUUCUCUUGUAGCCUCAGGACAUUGAAGGCUAUUGCGUUUAUAUCCAGACUUAUUGUUAAUCCUUUUGGCCCCGCUAGUGGUAUCGGUAUCUUUACGCAACUACGGUGCUUGUCCUCUGUACGGCUAUUUGUCUCUUAGGCUCCGCGAUUUUCGCUCGAGCCUCCAAUUUCCUCCUCGGGAUCCUUCUUCUAGCUACUUUCUCUGUUCCAUUUUCCGCAUUCGUAGUUGCGCCUUUUUCCUACCACAAUGUGCACUACACUGGUAUCUCUCUAGAUACUCUUCUUGAAAACCUCAGGCCGCGGUUCACUAAAGGUGCUGUUGGUAGCCAAACAUCGGGACGGUUGGUCUUUCAACCCCAACGCAGUGUCUCCUGAAAUGACAUGUUUUAGUGAGAACUGGCAGGAUCUUUUCGGCAUCCUUUUCCCAGCAACUGCCGGUAUAUUCGCUGGUGCUAGUAUGUCCGGUGAUUUGCGCAACCCGAGCAAAUCCAUUCCUAAAGGCACGCUACAAGGGCUAUUACUCACCUUUGUCGCCUACACCAUGGUGAUACUUUCAAUGGGUACCACUAUCAAAAGAGAGAGUCUCUACAAAGACCUCAACAUUAUUCAGGAUGUUUGUUAUACUCCCCCAUACCCUGUUAGACCCCAAAAAUGCUGACCCCUGCAGAUCAACGCCUCAAAGUAUCUCAUCUUAAUGGGCGAGUUGGCGUCAUCCUUCUUCUCUGCGCUCAUGGGCGUCAUUGGCUCUGCCAAAUCCCUCCAAGCACUAGCCCGAGACGGCGUCGUUCCUGGUGUUUCGAUAUUCGGCCAGGGGACAAAGUCGCACGACGAACCGACCUAUGCAAUUCUACUCACUUUCCUGCUCUCUCAGCUCACCCUUUUCGGUGAUAUCAAUCAAAUCGCUAACAUCGUGACAAUGACAUAUCUUAUGACCUUCCUAGUUACUAAUCUAGCCUGCUUUCUAUUGAAAAUUGGGAGCGCACCCAACUUCAGACCAAGUUUCAGGUACUUCACGUGGUGGACAGCCGCUGCUGGAGCCGUUGUAAGCGGGGCAACAAUGAUCUUUGUGAGUGCGGUGUAUGAUAACUCCCAAAUUUCAGCUAACCACUUAGGUUGAUAAACUCUAUGCUGGUGGCUGCCUUGCCGUAUUGCUCUCCUUGUUCUUGGUCAUCCAUUACACCACACCACCGAAAAGUUGGGGUGAUGUUUCUCAGAGCUUGAUCUAUCACCAAGUUCGGAAGUACCUUCUAAGACUUAAGCAGGAACAUGUGAAGUUUUGGCGGCCCCAGGUAUUAACCUACCCUUCUCACUUGUUUUGGCUGCCGUUUAUUGAUCUGUGACCCCUUCUACCUUCAGAUAUUGUUACUCGUCAAUGAUCCCAGGCGAUCGUGGAAACUGAUUCAAUUUUGCAACGGUAAUCAAACCCCACUAUGAUGAACCGCAGACCAAGCGUAGCUAACCACACGGAAAAACAGCUAUGAAGAAGGGCGCUUUGUACAUCUUGGGCCACAUAGUUGUCACACCCGACUUCCAGGAAUCUUUUCCUGAGGUGAAGCGGCAACAGGCGGCAUGGGUGAAGUAUAUCGAUUUUAGCAAAGUCAAAGCUUUCCCCCAGAUUUCUAUUGCACCCACAAUCGAGUGGGGUGCUCGAAACAUCGUCCUUUCUGCAGGGCUUGGGGGAAUGCGACCAAAUAUCGCUGUGAUGGGCUUCUAUAAUCUUGACGAGUACAGAGAAUCGACCCCACUCAUCAGUGUGCCCUCUGCAACACCGAUAAGUGACAAGGCAUCCGCAAGCCGCCGGCUAGCCUGCCAAGGUUCACCAGGAAAACGCAUCAGCCAUAUUGUUGAUAACCUGCCCACUGACAAUAUGAGGAGCGAGAAAGCGGUAAGCGUGACCGGCUACGUUAACAUUUUGGAGGACCUGCUGCUUUCAUUGCAGAUCAAUGUCGCGAUCGCGAAGGGAUUCGAGAAUCUUGAACUUCCCAAGAAAGGAAAACAUCAUGAGAAGAAGUAUAUCGAUCUUUGGCCAAUACGUGCGUGCUCCCGCCCUCUACCAUUGCGACCCAUCACCUAACUCCAAAUUUAGAAAUGUCUGCCGAGAUUGAAAACCAUGCUCCUGGGGCCGGCAGUGUUUUAACCACCAACUUUGAUACUUAUACGCUCAUUCUGCAGUUGGUACUUAUCCCCCUUCUUGAUUCCAUUGUUUCAUCCGAUUUACGCUUAAUAGGGUUGUAUUCUCAACACGGUUCCGGUUUGGAAGAAAGCGUACAAAGUCCGGGUGGUGGUUUUCGUCGAAUAUGAGAGCGAUGUUAAGGAGGAACAGGACAGAGUCAAGAAGCUGCUUGAAAAUUUACGAAUACAGGCCGAGGUUUUAGUGCUGUGGCUCUCGAGCGGCGAACUUCGUUCCUAUGAAGUUAUUGUCAAUGGAGCAGCUCCAAAGGACAAUUGCGACGUUGAAGAUAUUCUCGGCAAGGAAGAAUGGUGGAGAGAAUUACAGAAGCGAAGAAGUCAAGCGUCCGCACAAGACAGCCCCAACCACCUUGCGGAUCUAGCCCAGCUCGUCAGUGGUGCUCAAUGGCCCAGUAGCAGUUUCCAGCAACAAGCGAACCGCACAGGAUCGCACUCGAUUUCUGGAGGGUUACGUAAGCUUAUCAAGAAGCCCCGGAGAAGACACUCCAUGUUUGGGCUCACAAGACUUGGAAUGUCGGUUUCCCUGAAUAUGCGUACACAUCGCUUAAACCCGGAUGCUCUUGACCACGGGUCUGCUUCCGAACUAUCAAGUGACGAGGAAAGUAGUGAUGAGUUUCUUAGUGACGAAGAAUCCAUCGUCAGCGCUGCAAGUGAAAACGACGUUGAUGAAUACGAUGAAGGAAAAGCCUCUGGACAGAAAGCACGCCGUGCCAGUGUUGGGGACCCAUUUGGUCUAGGCGCGCUCUCCAGGAGACAGACAUUACGACAAACUGCUCUUAAAUCAUCCGCAUUAUCAUCCGCAUUAAAGUCCUCUCCUGCUGAUCUUUCUCCCGCGCCACCACACCACCAUUCGCGCCCUACAUCAAGUUCGGGCGGGAACUCCUCGGGAAGUGCGUCGGCUCUACUACCCAUCAGACCCGAGCCCCCCCACCGGAGCUCCACACCAACCUUCUCUUGUAAAGCUAUACCCGACACCCAGGUUGCUACGGAAGAAGGCGCCGGGCCCAGCAUCAUGUUUGCAGACUCCAACCCUAGGAGGACGACCAGCCCACCAGCGCAAUCCCACCCACUCUCUUUUAACGACCUUCCUUCGAGUGCGCAACAUCUAAUCCUUAACGAGCUCAUUCGAAAGUAUUCGCAGGAUACCGCAGUGGUCUUCACAACCCUACCCUCUCCACAGUCCGGAACAUUCAAAAGUGAGAAGGAUUCUCUAGAAUACCUUACCGGCCUCGAGGUAAUAAAAUGAUAGGGUGGAAAAAAUAUUACCCUUCUCCCUCCCCUUCUUCACACCCCACCUCGACCAGCCCUUCUCAUUACCCAUGCUGAUGUCAUUACCUAGAUUCUGACCGCGGGCCUCCCGCCCACACUCCUAAUCCACUCUAAUUCUUUAACCGUAACGACCGCUCUAUAACCCCCACCUAUCAUACAUAUGAUGACAAGGAACCUUCUGAAUCUAUUUCCUCCCUCCCCCAAUGCUUACUACUGCCCAUGAUAUCAUUAUAUGUGUCCUCAACGUUCCUCUCACGCCUCGAACCAGGGCCUGCACGCUCUAUUUGUUGCCCCCCAUGAAGUAAAUUAAAUUAAAAUGUACCGCAUCUAAGCCAUGGCGACCCCUUUCUCUCUCUUCAAACAUUUCAACCAUUCUUUCCACUCCCCUUGAUACCCCUCACUCCACAUUUAUCCCCCCCAGUCGAGCGUUGUCCCCCAACCCCACCAUCAUCCUCGUGUUUUCCCCACAUUGGAUUAGAGAUCAUAUGGACAUAAAUGAGUAAAUGGGCAUCCGGACAGUGUAUGGAAGGUAGCAAAAACCACAGGCACUGUCACAAAAAAAAUUGAAAUAAAGAAAUCAGCUUGCUGUUGCUCGCGCAACCCAGCCUUCUCCGUCACCAAAACCAAUCUACCCCUACCAUACUUGCGCUCCCCGGCCUGUGGCAUGUGUAAGCAUGGAUUACCCGUACGGCCGUACACCAAUGCCAGCAAUCUCACGACCCUCCCUACCCUUCUUCCUCCUUCUCCUCUCCUACCCUUCCACCACUGCAACCGUGUUUCUAUACCAGCCCCCCCCCCAGAUCCCGUAUCCCACCAUUAAUGCCCCUUGAGAAGACCCUUCAAUCACCCCCAUGGGAAUCCUCCGCCCAUUUCCAACUUAGCGCUAAAACCUCCGUGACCGAGUGCCGCGUAAUUUCGCGAUAUAUCUCCUCUGUUCCCCGCCCUACACACACACUCAACCCCCGGUGCAUGAUAACGUAUUCUACCGGCCCAAGCUCUCACCACACUUCAAACACUAUUUACUUAUAAAAAUAAAUAGAUAAAAGCCAAGGAAACCUUCCGAAGUGAUGCUUAAUGAAUUAAUUAGCCCAAAUACGAGUCUAGUACCGGUACUUUACAUAGUCCUGUCGGUAGGUCGGUAGACAGCCGUGAGCUAGGGUCGGUUAUUCCCGGGAUGUUGGGUAUUCCGC